CAUGAUUGCCAAUCCUACGAUGAUGUGACGAAUUCAAUUUUGAGUUUACACUGUUGGCAUCACUUUAAAUUCAAAGUAAAAUGUGUCCAUAAUCUACAUCAUACUUAUAAACAAAGAAUUUGCAUCAUUAAAGUUGUCGGGGUUUUUAGUAUGAAUAAGCAGGAUGACACAGAUUAUGGGUAAUGAAAGACAGGGUCUUACAUUUGAAAUUAUAUCAACCAGGAUAAUAGAUGAAAUUGAGGAGAAGAGAUAUGUCUUGUACACCUUACAAGCAAGAUUCAUUUCUGGGAAUGAUGAUCCCAGUCCUUCGAUCCUGGAAAGACGUUACACCCACUUUUUCGAUCUGUACAUGGCUUUGAAGAAAGAGCAACCGCAGCUGAUGAUUGAUAUUCCAUUUCCAAAAAAGGUGCUGCUAGGAAAUUUCGACAAUGAAUUGAUUUCUUCUAGAAGUACAGAGUUCCAGUCAUUCAUGAAUUAUGUAGCCGACGCUAGUCAAUUACGCAACUCCAACGCAUUGCUUCAUUUCCUUCAAGACAUCGAAUUGAAACAGGUCAAGGAAUUAUUGGAUAAAAAAGAUCAUGAGUUAGCAUAUCCUAUUCUGGAAAAUAAUUUGAGAUUGCUGAAUAAGGUCUACAUGGACAGGUCUCCCGCAGUAUUAUUGGCUCUAGUCAGAUUGUUGGCUUGCAGUGUACUCAUCCCAACAAUGCCAAAUUCAUUGAAGUGGGCAGAUCUUGCCUUCCACCGAUUUGAAGGAGUUAGCGAUAGCGACUUGCUUGAAUUAUAUGUGCCCCUUCUGCAAACUUGCGUCAUCGUCUGGACUCAAAAUGACAAGACAACAGAAGAGGUAGAAAGGAGAUUAUCACAGCUUCAUAAACAAGGAGUCAAGUCUACAGAAAACACUUCUCUCUUGGCUAUUGUGAACAAAGUUGAACAAAAGAUAUUCGGCUAGUGACAGAUUCCUUGUAAUUGUGAUAUUUUUCAUGUUCUAGGGUAGUUUAAUAGAAUUGUGAUAGAAAUACUGAAAUUUACUCUCUUUCCAUUAUUUAUUUUGAACUGUAAAAGCUAUUUAUGUAUUUUAGUUUAUGAAAUAUAUUUUAUACUCCUGUA